CGGCCCCUGCGUCUCGAAAGCCGAAGGUGCCAAGCUGCAGUGGCUGCGUACCAGGCGGACAGCAGGCCACCUCACACACUGAAACCAGCUCUGCUCAUAUCUGAAUGCACUUCCACCGCGCAAAGUUUGCUGCGGUCUUGUGCUUUUUUGUUCCCGAGAUUAGUUACCCUUCGUUGACGCUGCAGUCAGAGCAACAAGCUCACCUUAGACCCGAGAAAGUGCGAUGGCUUCUCCCAGCGCCACAUCCAACCCUCUCAACAUCCUGGCUCCGAAGAGGAAGACGAAGAAGAAACAUUUUGUGCAGCAGAAAGUAGAAGUUUUCCGAGCGAGUGACCCCGUGUUGAGCAUCCUGAUGUGGGGAGUCAAUCAUUCCAUUAAUGACCUGAGCCAGGUGCCUGUCCCUGUCAUGCUGCUUCCAGACGACUUCAAAGCCAGCACCAAGAUCAAAGUCAACAACCACCUCUUCAACAAGGAAAAUCUCCCAGGACAAUUCAAAUUUAAAGAGUACUGUCCACAGGUGUUCAGGAACCUCAGGGAGCGCUUUGGAAUUGAGGACCAGGAUUAUCAGGUGUCUCUGGCCCGCAGUCCUCCAGUCAAAGAUGGGGAGGGACACGACAUGGGGCUGCUGCUCACAUCAUACGACCGCACUCUGGUUAUAAAAGAAAUCUCCAGUGAGGAAGUGGAGGAAAUGCACAAUAUUCUCUCUGAGUACCACCAGCACAUUGUCACCUGUCAUGGCAGCACGCUGCUCCCUCAGUUCCUGGCCAUGUACAGAGUCACUGUGGAGAGCGAGGACACCUAUCUCUUAGUUAUGAGGAACAUGUUCAGCCACAGGCUGCAUAUACACAGGAAGUAUGACCUCAAGGGGUCCCUGAUAUCUCGUGAAGCAAGUUUCAAAGAGAAGGUGAAAGAGCUGCCCACCUAUAAAGAUGUAGACUUCAGGAAUAACAUGCAAAAAGUUUAUGUGAGUGAUGAAGAGAAGGAGAAGCUCAUGGAUAAGCUCAAUAGAGAUGUAGAGUUCCUGGUGUGUAUGAGGAUCAUGGACUACAGCCUCCUGCUGGGUAUUCAUGAUGUCGAGCGAGCCGAGAGGGAGGAGGAGGAGGAGGAGAUGGAGUCUUCUUGUGAGGAGGAAGAGGAAGAUGAAAGUGGCCUGGCUGCUGUCCCUGCCCCAGGCUCCACCUCACCUGAGGGUAUCGCUGGUUACAUGAACUCUUUCAAGCCCAUGGGCCCUGGGGAGUUUGACCCUUAUGUGGAUGUGUACGCCAUUCAGAGUGCUGUAGGUGCACCCCAGAGGGAGGUGUAUUUCAUGGGUCUUAUUGAUGUGCUGACGCAAUAUGACACCAAGAAGAAAGCUGCUCAUGCUGCUAAGGCUGUCAAACAUGGGGCAGGAGCAGAAAUCUCAACAGUUCACCCCGAGCAGUACGCCAAACGUUUCCGAGAGUUCAUCGCUAAGAUCUUCGCCUAGUUCGACGAUUCAUAAUCUGGGCUACCAUUGUGGCUCAAUGGAAGGGGGGGUUCACCAUGCAGCUGUAUGCCAUAUCAAAUCCACAUCAAGAAACAUGGAAAGUUCACAGUUCAUUUAAUUUCUAAAUGAUUGAUUUGCUUUUUCAGUCUGCUCCCUUCAUAUUAAAAAUAAAUGCCCACACUUCAAGGCAGAGUGGGCAUUUAUUUGGAGUGGAGGAUUAGAAUUUGCAUACAGAUUGAAUUGCAGGAGGAAGUUAGGGGAAAAGGGGGGUGGGGGGGGCAGAACAUGGAUGUUAAUGGCCUUCUUUUGUUUCGACUUAAAGCUGCACUUGGCAACUUCUCACUUUGUCGGCCACAAGUGGCAGCGGGAGAUAACUGUUUGAAUUUUCGAAAGUUUGAAAGACUUUAUUAUCCAGAAGUAAUGUCCUGUGCGUCCCCAGACACAAAUUUAUUGUUCUUAUUGGCAGGUGGAGAUGGAGAAAAAAAAUUCUCCACAGAUUCAGCCACCGUUGGUGUGUCCAGCCUUUCCUCAAUGGAGUGCUCACUGGCUGUUCAGGAGAUAGUUUUAAAUUUCACCGUAUGCCAAGAAAAAUUUUCCAUUGUGACCAUACUAGACAUAUGAUAUUAAAUCAAUGUGGUCUCAAUCAGGGGCAAUGUGAAUAAGCUUCUGUGUUUUAGCUGCAAUUUGUUAUUUAGGCUGAUGAGAAUGGUGUGUUGGUACAU